AUGAUGGCUACCAAAGAGCUCGAAUCGUUACCCCCAGCGCUCUUCAAAGAGACCUUCUCGCAUACACCGACCUCGUCUGACGAGUUCUCGGACGACAUUGACGAGCUUGACGACUCGCGGCUACCGCCCGUUGACGGGGGAUAUCAAGCAUGGCUGUUUCUGGCGGCUUGUUUUAUGGUGGAAGGUAUAGUAUGGGGAUUCGCUCAAUCGUUUGGGGUCUUUGAGAACUAUUAUCGAACUCAUGAGCCUUUCUCGGGAUCGACUGAGAUUGCGUCGAUUGGAACCUGCGCAAUGGGCUUGGCUUACCUCCCCACACCCAUUGUCAUCGCCAUCAUGUUUGCAUUCCCUCGAGCUCGGCGCUGGUUUUCGACUGCGGGAUUCGUCCUGAUGUGUCUGGCGCUGGGACUGAGUUCGUUCUCGACCAACGUCACCCACUUGAUCAUGUCGCAAGGGGUGGCAUACGGGAUCGGGGGCUGUCUCGCCUACACCCCGUCCAUCCUCUUCUUGUCCGACUGGUUCGUCGAGAAAAAAGGUCUCGCCUUCGGCAUCGUCUGGAGCGGCUCGGGCCUCACCGGCAUCCUCUUCCCCCUCAUCCUCCAAACCCUCCUCAACCGCUACGGCUGGCAAACCACGCUCCGCGCCUGCUCCAUCGGCCUCUUUUUCCUCGCCGCUCCCUUCAUGACCUUCCACAAGCCGCGCGUGCCACUCCGGCACUCGCACCUCCGCCAGCUCAGCCUCCGCUUCCUCUGGGACAAGGUCUACCUCGUCUACCAACUCGGCAACACAAUGCAAGCCCUCGGCUUCUGGAUCCCCUCCAUCUUCCUGACCUCGUACGCGCGCACCCUCGGCGCCAGCGACUUCCUCGCCUCCCUCACCGUCACCCUCUUCAACCUCAUGACCGUCUUCGGCUGCAUCUUCACCGGCUACAUGGCCGACCGCCACCACGUCACGAAAUGCAUCCUCCUCUCCUCGGCCGGCGCCGUCCUCUCCGUCUUCCUGCUGUGGGGGCUCGCCACCCGCCUGGCCACCCUGUACAUCUUCUGCAUUGUGUAUGGCUUCUUCGCGGGGGGGUACUCGUCCUCGUGGUCGGCGCUGUCGCACGAGGUGCAGAAGAGUGAGCGGUCGGCGCAUGUGAGUAUGGUGUUUGCGUUCCUGGAGACGGGGCGGGGGGUCGGGAAUGUG